CCACGCGUCUUCUGCUUAUGGCUCCUACUACGGAAGACUUUCUGAAACAAAAUCAACGUCUUCUGUCUUCUUCGCAGGGCUAAAUCUCCACUCCCUGAUUUAUCUCCAAAAAUACACUGAUUUUCGGAUUAAUUUCUUCACCGAAGGAAAGGAAUCAACGGUCUCUGCUUCGCCAAAGGAAAGUGUCAAAGAUUUUGUCGAUUUCUCUAUAAUUAGAUGCCGAUCCGGCCAAUCAGAUCCAUGGCCUAUCGUAUUCACCGACUAAAAAAAGGCAAGGAAUAUCAGUGCACGCAUUCUUUUGUAAAAAGUUCAAGGGAAAAUUCUUCGAUCGGUCACCUUCGUCUCCUUCUGCAUUAAUGGCUUACUACAACAAUAAGAAGACAUACAAUCUCAAGUUGAAAUCAAGAAGACUUGAGGUAUAAAUCUGCUUAAUUUAGAGUUCAAUUUUAAACCCCUCUUUGAUAGUAAUUUGUUAUAUAUGGAGUAAAUACUACCGUCUGUACCUCUCCACUCAAUCCGAACAUGCUUGAGGAAAUUGUAAGUACAUUUACAUAGUGCUGCCAAGAACUUCAUGUUUGAGGAGGUGUGUGUUCUGCAAAAAGUAAUUUACUCCUUAGUUUAUGAGAUGAGCAUUUAGUUUUUCAUUUAAUAAUUUGCUGCUGGGUUUUGACAUAUACAAGAUGAAGACGGUUAAAGUAGAAAAAAUAUAGUCCUAAAGUUAUAUUGUUUUAUUAUUAUUUUGAUCAGUAGGCAGUCUAUGCUUUAAUUCGAUUGUGACAAAUCUAUAACUUUUUCCUUGGUCAACAUAUUUAAAAAAAACAUUCUAUCUGCCAAUUUGGCAACUGGUUUGCAGAUCACAUUACAAUACUAACUGUGAUCAUAUUGAUAAUUGCAUUAUCACAACAGUGAAGUGACACGGAGUGACAGUCCAUAUACUCAAGUGAUUAGUUGACAUUGGUAUCAUUAUUAGUCAUUUGCAUUCUUUGAGACUGCUAGUUUCCCAAUUUGCCACUACAUAUUUCAUUUGGAAUAAAAAAUCCAGUUAAAAGAAAAUUGUUUAAACCCUUGACAUGGCUAGGCCUCUUUUAUUUUGAAUACAUUGUUUGUCUUAUUUGUAUACUCAUGUAUUUUUUUUUCAAAUCUCACCAUGGAAGUUUUGGCAUUCAAAAAGAGCUUGACGAACCCCUGCUUCGCAAGACGUAUCCUUUCAAGGUUAAGAUCAGAGAGACCCCCAGAAGGGAUGGUGCCCUGGAAUCGGUUGGAUUAGGCUCUGGCGAGAGGUCACUGAAAAAUUGGUGGAAGGCGUGGCAAGCAACUGUGGAUAAUUCCUAGGUACAAACGCGAGCGCACAAACUGGAUAGCAAAAUCAUGGAACGUACAGGGGAAGUCUUGCAAAUGAAACUAUAGAAAAUUUAAUGAAGUUCCUAGCGCGAAGUCUGCUAAGAACCUUGCAAUCACAAUAGAGGACAUACCCAGCGAAGAGAAGAUAAGUUGUGGCCCAAAUAUUACCAUGUGAGACUGGAAAUAUGGUCACGAAUGCAGGGUGGCAAAAUAGCAUGAAAGACCUGAUGCAAAAAGUGAAAAUCAUGAGUUGUCUAAUUCUGCUUCACCCAUGAAACAUCAGAUGCUUUGCUGUAGAAUGCUUCACUAUGGAAUGGGUCCAAAAUUGACACCAGAUGUUGCCAUCACCAUUGAUACCAAAUACUCCCUCCGUCCCACUCUCUUUGUCCACUUACCUUUUGGCACACCAUCUAAUGCACUUCUUUAAUCCAUUUUAUCUUGUAAGUUGUAUAUUAAAAAAUUAUAGAAAUUAUAUAUUAAUAAUCUAUAUGUUAAGACAAAUCAAACAAGAUCACACAUGACUAUAUUUAGGCUUACACAUUGAGAGAAUUUGAUUAGUCAAAGUGCUUAGAUGAACAGUUCCAAAAGUCAAAAGUGGACAAAGAGAGUGGGACGGAGGUAGUAUGCCUUUAUGACCUGAGCAGGCAUGAAGGAACUCACUGAUUAUGCACACUGAUGCAGUCAGCUCCCCCAAUAACCUGUUGUAGCGGCCAAAGCUCGGUAUGGUGCUGCAGCCACUAUUACUCAUAGAAAAGUGGGAACUUUUCGAUUUGGCAUAUCAAAGAUGAAUUAGGGAUGGGUAAACAUAGGGAGAGAGUACCUGUAUAGAGAAAAGCUUCUUUUGUUACUCAGA